UUUCAACAACAGUGAAACACUGAAGCCCCAGACCAUAGACAGACACCACAGCUACUGCUGCGUGGAGAUGGACGAUCGGUGAGGCCACAGGGUAAUAUGAGCCUUCGGACUCCGUCCAGUCGAGACGUGGCCAGUAAUACUUGAUAAAAUGUCAACGCUGUUAAAGAAUGAGCACUAGGGGAAAUAUGGGGUUCCACUUACUAGCUCACCUCCCGAAAGGCCUGUGAGUGUCUGCAAGUCACCCACCCGUCUCUUAAGAGGAAUCCCCCCGCCUGCAGGUUCCCACUACUGCCAGGCAAUGACAGCGGCAUCCGCCACCCCGCAGCAAAUGAAAGACCGACUGCUGCAAGCCAUUGAUGGCCAAAGCAAUAUUCGCAAUAUGAUGGCUGUUUUGGAGGUAAUUUCAUAUUUGGAGAAAUACCCCAUCACCAAAGAGGCACUUGAGGAAACCCGGCUUGGUAAAUUGAUAAAUGAUGUCAGGAAGAAGACUAAGGAUGAAGACUUGGCUAAGAGGGCAAAGAAACUGUUGCGGACCUGGCAGAAGCUGAUCGAACCGGAACCAAAUGACCCAGCGCCCAAGGAGCAUACAGGAACCAACGGAGGGGCCAAGGAGCACACCGCAACCAACGGAGGGCCCUUCUCCAGCCGAAUAGAUUAUCCUCCCCAAGCAGUCACCUCCGUCUCAGGUAAAACCGCGCCUGAGCUGAAAAUCAGAAAUGAUUUUCACAACUGUAACUAUCCAAAGGUCGAGGUGUCGGGGCAUCGAAAGCGCAAGGGAGGACAGAGAGACGCACAGCAGCACUUACCAUCCAAAAUCUCCAAAACGUCAGCCUUCGAGCAUCACUCGAUUGCCACACCGCGUCCCACCAACGGCAUUGCUGCAAGUCCAGAUACUCGCUUAAACAUGUUUGACAACUUACACCAUCAGCCAGAUAAAGACGCCAUAGAAGGCCACGAUCACGACAGACCCAGCAAAGUUCCUGUCAACGCUGUCAAGCCCCACCCUAGUUCCCCCGCUGUUUCUAAACCUCCUAGUGCAUCGUUGCUGCUGAAAACCGCCGUGUUGCAACAGCAGGCUAAGAAAGACCUGCCUGCUACGGGCGGCGUGCAGCAUCCCCCCAAGAGUCCCUGCUCGCCGGCCGUCAAUCCCAAAUCCAACACGCCAGACACUUUGGGGAGAUGGCCUCCCCCCUCUGGCGUGAAGGCCACCAUCACAAGUCCCCCUUCGAGUCCCAAAGUGCCCUCAGACAGGGUCAGCUCAGGUCCCCCCUUACAGUCCCCAAACCCUGCUCUCCAGGGGUCGUAUCCCACGGAGACCACACGCGACUGGCAGGCAGAUGCAGCCCCUGGACACAGUGAAGGGAGGUCGGUGGUCCAGCCCGAAGCUGUGCCCUCCCUGAACUUGGUCACGGACGCACCGGACGGGGGCCCCCCUGUGGAGGCGGCGACGGCCAAGCAGGAGGGUGACGGGGCUGCGCACAACAACUCCGAGCGGAAGAGGAAGAAGUACCGGCCCAGAGACUACACGGUCAGUCUGGUCGGGCAGCAGCACUCCGAGGACAGCAAAAAACCUGCCAAGUUAAAAGACCGCAAGCUCACGUUUGACCCGGUCACCGGGCAGAUCAAACCCUUAGCGCUGAAGGAGGCCCAACCCAGGGAGGACGUGCUUGUGACGCCCGUGCCGACCGCGCCGGAGUCUCACUGGACAGACGUUCACAAGCAGGACACGUGUCCUCCUCCGCCGAACCCGCUCCAGCAGACCAACUGGAAGGAACUGUCCCGAAACGAGAUCAUCCAGUCGUACCUGAGUUUGCAGAGCAACGUGCUCACGUCCUCUGGAACACAGACUCCAGGCGCUCACUUCUUCAUGACCGAGUUCCUCAAGCACGAGGAGCAUCAUACGAAAGAGCCGAGGGAAACGCACGUCCUGGUGCCUGACCCUCCUGCGUUGCACUUGCCUGGGAUCACGCGAGACGUCAGUAAAGAGGACCUAAGCAAAUUACACACAGACCGCUGGCCUGGGGUAAACGGCUGUUACGACACCAAGGACAACUGGCACGACUGGACUAAGUGCAUAUCAUUAGCCCCCCAUGGGGACGACGGUAAAUUACACAUCUUGCCAUACGUUUGCCUAGACUAAGAAUUGUAGCCUUUAAUUUUAUGUGAAAAGAGAGCUGUUUGGCUCACUUGUUUGAAUGAGUGAGUUGAUGAAAAUGAACUCUGGCAAUCUUGAACUUUUUCUAUAUAUAUAUGGUUUGGGUUGACAUGUGUGUUACCUCCCAACAUUCCAUUCUGCCUCCCAGUUGGUCUCUUCAAAUACCACAGUUUCUGACAGGGAAACAAAACUGCAAAAUGUACACAUUUUGAUAUGUGUAUGUUCAAGUGUUUUAUUAAUUUAUCUUUUGUUGUUAACAAAAAAAAAAACAUAAAUUAAAAUGGUAAAUGAG